AUCCAAUCGAAGAAGUUUUUGACCCAGCUACAUUUGCUUGUGAUCAAACAUUGAUUAACUCACAAUUUUCUACUGGUCUCGAACUUCUUGAUAUUCCCAAAUCAGAAGACGCUCAACCUAUUUUUGAUCUUCUCGAUUCACAAAGAUUUUACCUAACUCUACAAUUAAUUAAUACUGGAUUUAUGUGUAAUGUUAUUGCUACACAAGAAAAUCUAAGUGGUACUAAACAUGUUUCCUUACCAAAUAAUUGUACACGAUCAGCUUCGAAAGGGACAACAUCAAUAACACUUCCUGUGCCGAAACAUGAGACAACUUUACAAUUCAAUAUGACUGGUCCUUAUUGGAUUGGUGCUAUUCGUUUAUGUAUUCGAGGACAAGGUCAAACAAAUAUGAGUAUCAAUUUACGUGAACUAGAUUUUUGUCAAUUUUAUGCAACACCUAAUGAAGCUAUUGGUAGAACAACUUAUAUUCCAAUUGUAUUUAUUAAAAACAUCAAUAUGACGAAUGCACUAAGUGCAUCAGAUCAAACUAAUUAUUCAGGUUUAUGGAUACCAACAUUCUCUGCUGUAUCACUAUCAGAUGAAGAGUAUUAUGCUGAAUCUGGAAAUUAUUUACGUUAUAUGUCUUCAUUAACUGUUAUUCAAAUCACACUUGAUGAACGUCCAUUUUUUAUUAAGAAUAUUGAAGAACCUAUUGUUCGAACAGCUGAGUUAGUUUUUAAGGUAUUAUUAUUUACUUCUUUAUGUAUUGAACUAUUUGCUUUUGCGUUCCUUAUCGUUGAUCUUCUUAUACUACCAUUAUUACGUUCGAUCAUAUGUUUAUGGAAAAGAUGUCGUGGUCAAAAUGUUAAAUCAGAUAAUUCAAAUGGAUCUACUAAAUCACCGUUACGUUCAAAAACUUCGAAGAAAGAAGAUUCUAUUCAAAAUAUGAAAAUUGAUCAGUUGACAGCUCUCGAAACAGAUCUAUCUAUAUUAAACGAAAAUCAUCAAGACCUACGCAACAAAUAUUCAACAUCAAAUCCUGAAUUAAGUCUAUCUGAAAUUCAUUAUAGAUUCUAA